ACAACUGAAAGGGAUACUACUGUGUGUGUUUAGAAGAAGGUCAACCUACAGAUUAAGAGAAGGACGGUUUCGCUAUGCCAUGGGUGUGGCAGCAAUUAAUCCAUAUUUAAGGAAUUCCUACAGAACAUUGGAUAGUGGAAGUAACAGCUAUGCCACAUGUGUUUCCAAUAAUGGGGACCACCUUCCCAGUAUAAAGCCUACUUUUGAUUGUGCAGAAGUAGAAGCAGUCCUGGAGACAGCAUGUGGUUCUUUCCAUCCACCACUUUUACCACCUGUUUGUCCUCUUGACCUGUUGGAAGCAUUGCAGGUUCAUAAAAGCUGUAUCAAUUCCCAUUCAGUAUAUUCAGUAAAUCUGGAGAGAUUAAUAGCCAAAAUCUGGCAUCCAACCCAAGAGGUGUUAGACCAGGAGAAUCUAGUCAAGCAGGAAGAAACAAUGAAAAAAUACCUUGCCAUUAAUUAAGCGCAAACAUUUUUUUUUACUUUAAAAAAAGGAGGGGUUUUAAGAGUGUAUUUAUUUUGAAUGCAAGUGUGAAAGAAGUAAGAAAAAUAACUGCAUGAUUCUCAAAUUGGAUUUUGUAGGAAACACUUUUAUUGUAAAAUAAGAUUGUAUAUCAGGAAUAUUUUUUUAAAAAUAGUUAAAACUAUGUAAUUUCUGUUUUCCUGUUCAGGUGGUUCUCAUGGAUGUACAUUUUUAUUAUAAAAAUGUAAGAUAAAACAAAAUUAAAUAUUUUUUAAACAAUAGCUCUUGUUUAAUGAAAGUACAAUUUUAAGCUUGGAUUAAAAGUUUUACAAUGGUAAAAUUAAAUGUUUAUGAUCAUGUUUUCUGAUGUAAACAGGUAUUCCUUAUUAAUAAGAGAACUUAAAAUAAUCCUGACAUUGUGCAUUCUUAAAUGGUAAACCUAAAAAUCAGGAAAGGUAAUAUUGGAUUUGUUGUUUCUACAUACAUUAAAAGAUGACACUAAGUUGUCAAGUGAUACAACAAGUUAUCUUGAAAUAGACCCAAAGGAACUAUUCAAUUUAUGUACACAACUGUGUAGAAUGUAAUUUUGUUUUUGCUUUUCCUCUUCCUAUUUUAUCCUAUGAUUUUAAUAAUUAACACUUAACAUACUUCCCUCACUAGUGAUAAAAUAAGUGAUCAUUUAGUUCAGAUUGAAUAGCAUUCACCUUAUCCUUCAAGUUAGCCUACCAAAAUAUGAAAUCCAGAGCUCUUGUGGUUAAAGGAACUCUAUGUUACAAAUAAUUGACUGCAAAGUGUAAAGGAUUGUAUCAUCCUAAAAGAGGGACCAAUGUAUAACACUUGCUUUAUAUAUAUAUUCCUCUGUAUAUCAUUCAUUAGCUUGUUUUGAGUUACAAAUUACAUUUUUGUAUAUAAACAAUCCUAUUAACUGCCAUGUUUCUUUUUUGAAUGGAAAUUAUAUUUUAUUAAUUCCAUAAAGAAUUGAUUAAGAACUCUAAACUUAUCUCGAUAUAAAUUAGAUAUUUCUUUUAAUGUCUUUAGAAAUAAAAUAAAUUAAAAACAAUUUAUUAUUACCCCGAUUGAUAAGGCUGGUUGUAAUUUUGGAUUUGUGUGUAAAAAAAUUAUAUGCACAAAUUUUACUUAAUGAAAUUAA